AUGAUUUUUCUGAAAGAAAACGCACUACGUCGGGCAUGGUCCAGUUUAUCGAUUACUGAUAAGAUUCUACCUGUUGCAAUAAUUUUGGCAAUUGUGUUAGGCGUUCUGCUCUCAGUUUUUGUACCAAGUUCCAGGAGAGCAUUUGAUGGGGUCGAAGUUGUGGGUGUUUCUGUACCUCUAGCAGUGGGUCUUAUUGUGAUGAUGAUUCCCCCAUUAUGCAAAGUUGAAUGGGAAAAGUUUCACAGGCUGAUUCUGCAGAAGAAAUACCUAAAUCACAUAGUAAUAUCGUUAAUCUUAAAUUGGAUAGUUUGUCCAUUCUUGAUGUUUGGUUUGGCCUGGUUGACAUUAUUUGACAAACCUGAAUAUCGUAUUGGUAUCAUCAUGAUUGGUCUAGCAAGAUGCAUCGCUAUGGUGUUAGUUUGGAACAAUAUUGCUGGGGGUGAUGCGAAUUUGUGUGCUAUAUUAGUUCUACUCAAUAGUGUUUUACAGAUCGUGUUGUAUGCUCCCUAUCAGAUAUUUUUUUGUUAUGUCAUAACAGGUGAAUAUCACAAGGACUCUUCCAACGCUAUCUCAUAUUCAUUAGUGGCUAAGAGUGUGGCUUUCUUUUUAGGUGUGCCCUUGGGUUUUGGCUUAAUCAUUCGACUUUUGGCAUCUCUGACCAUCGGUAUUCAACGGUUUGAAAAAAAAGUUUUACCAUUUAUCUCACCAUGGGCCUUUAUUGGAUUGAUAUAUACAAUUAUUGUGAUUUUUAUUGAAAGAGGCUAUUCUUUCAUAAAAGAUAUCCGUACAGCUCUUCGCUGUUUUGUUCCAUUGAUCGUUUAUUUUACCAUAACCUGGUUUGGUACGUUUUUCUUGCUGAGAUGGCUAUUGGGAAGAACUGCUCCAAAUUUGGAGGCCUUUGAGGAUGAGGAUGACGAAAAAGAAGCUUUACUUUGCGGAUGUGAGGAAGAAGUAGCCAAUGGAUCAAGAACAGUAAGCAAAGGCUGCUCUGCAAACUAUUCUGAAAUAAUAACUCAGACUUUUACAGCAGCGUCAAACAAUUUUGAAUUGAGUUUGGCUAUUGCAAUAUCUAUAUAUGGAUCAGGUAGUGACCAGUCUAUUGCUGCAACAUUUGGCCCCCUAUUGGAAGUACCGAUUUUAUUGUUUCUCUGCUUUGUGGCCCAGUUACUUAAGUUUAAUUUUGAGUGGAGUGACAUUAAUGUGAAUGAAGACUAG